UUAAGUUCGUUGAAGGUGUUAAGGUGUUUACAUUGCGAAGAAAGUUUGUUGGCCAAGUGUUAAGUGAAUUUAAACAGCAGUAAUGUGUGUUUAAACACUGAAUGCUUCCACAGUUAUUUACUAGAUUCUGUCUAUUGUAACUGUAUUAUCAUGGAAUAUAAUAGAUCCAAUUUUCAUUUUAAUGUGACAGUAAUUACAAGUACGGUAUAAAUUUUUCUCUUAUCAUGCCCACGUUUCAAGAGUCAUGUGCUGAGCAAAUUCAAGCACAGACAAUCAUUGUUAUUCAUCCUGGAUCACUUUAUCUUCGUAUUGGUCGGGCCUCUGAUCUCAAUCCCCAUACAUUACUUCAUGUUGUUGCAAGAAGACGAUUGCCAUCCGGAACUGUUCACCAUGACACAUUCCUGCCUAAACAGAUUCCUAAGACAAAAGAGCUGAUUCAAGAGAUGGAAGAUUCCAGACUUCAAGUGUCACAUACACUACAAUCAUGCUUACAGUCUGAUGGACAAAGGCGGUAUGCAACACCUCCACAACAAAUAGCUGCGUUUAAUAGACGUUCAAAUCCUGAAGUUAUAAAUAGUUCAGGAGGGGAGUGGAUUAAACCAGAAGGGGAUAUUGUUGUGGGAGAUGAGGUACUGUACCUGAAUGCAGGGCAGGAUUUCAACAUACAUUUUCCUUACCAACGUGGUGAUCUCUAUGUUCAUUCAGGUCCAGGUGGAUCUCUCACUGCCGUCCUAGCGAACUUAGAAACCAUAUGGACUUGGGCCAUCAGAUACCGCCUUGAGAUCCCACUUAAAGAUUUGAGGCAUUACAGAGCUGUGCUUAUUGUUCCGGACAUAUAUAAUCGACAGUACCUGAAGGAACUCACAACUCUACUGCUUUGUAAAAUCGGCUUUGGUGGAUGCUUUCUCCUUCAGGAUCAUGUAGCUGCUACGUUUGGAGCUGGUCUGGGGUAUGCCUGUGUGGUGGAUGUUGGCGAUCAAAAGACAUCAGUGUCCUGUGUUGAAGAUGGCAUUUCACAUCGGAACACAAGGGUGCGUAUGGAAUAUGGUGGUGGUGACAUCACACAGACUUUCUACUGGCUGCUUCAGAAAUGUGCAUUUCCUUAUAAGACAUGUGAUCCAGACAAUAAGCUUGAUGCCAUGUUGCUGAAGUCACUAAAGGAAAGCUUCUGCCAUGUUAAUUUGGACAUCUGCGGAUCUCAGGAAAAGACCUUUGUGGUUCGGCAACCAAAAACUCCAACUCUGAAGUUUACUUUGCAGGUUGGAGAUGAGAGCAUUGUUGCACCAUUGAGCUUGUUCCAGCCUGAACUUUUUGGAGUGACAGGAUCAAAGUUAGUUCAUGUCCAGCAGAGGGCAAGUGGAGAUCCUGAAGAUCCUCAUGAUGAGAAUUAUCUGCGAGAAACAAGUCGCCGUGGUAUGAAAGAAUCAUUGGAACCUCUGGCAGGUGGCCUAGCUGGUGCUGACCUGGAUGGUCUGGCUCCUGGUCUAGACUGUAGCGGAGGAGUGGGGCCUGGAGAAGAGGAUAUUGUAGUUGAUGCUAUUGAUUCCACUGUUCCGUCUGGUGGCAGAGAUGGUGAAACCAGGGAAUUUGUGCUUGGGCCAGAGCAAGCACUAGGACUAGAUCAAGCUGUGCUGCAAAGCAUUGACAGAUGUCCUACAGAGGACUUGAAAAGAAAGAUGUAUGGCUGUAUACUAGUAGUUGGAGGUGGCAUGAAGUUCAUUGGAAUUGGAACAUGGCUACAAAACAGAAUUUCCCUUCAGAUCCCAUACAUGUACAGAGCAGAACAAUUGGAUAUCGUAACAACCCCAAAAGAGAUGGAUCCUCAAAUGACUGCAUGGAAAGGAGCAGCAAUCAUGUCUUGCUUGGAAUCUGCACAGGAAUUGUGGAUCUAUCCUGUUGAAUGGGAAAAGUUAGGCGUCAAAAUUCUACGGGAACGAGCUCCUUUCAUGUGGUGAAAUUAGUAGUGUGCUGUAAAAGAGUUAGUAUAUGGCAGGGAAGUGAACAUGCUGAGAACAGAAUGAGGUGUGACUGGAGAUUUGAUUUACUGUAUGGUGAGUUGGGAGCAGUCUUCUUUCAUGUGGUGAAAUGGAGUGUGUAGCCAAUGCCCUGGCCAGGGUUUGAAUUAUGGUAGGUAUCUUGCAGCCACAGAUGAUGUGUAUGGUUUUUCUUUAUUACCUGUUUUAUUAUUAAUCAUGACUGCUAGCUGUUAUGUUUUCCCAUUCCCGUAUAUCAUAUUGAUAAUUUGUGAUUAACUAUUCAUUUUAUGAUUAUAUCCAUGUUCUUCUGCCUUCUUAGGAAUAGGUUCAAGCCUGUUCUGUCUUUGGAACCAUCUGGUAAGAGGUCUCAGUAUUUCAAUAUGGUCAGUUCAUGCCAAAUUGUCACAGACAAGUGAAAUUUUCGACCUAACUUCCAAUUUCAAUGAACGUUGGUAAGACUGUAGACUCCACAGAAGAUAAUAUCUUUCUGAGAGUUCUGUGCACCAUGUCUUGCAGUUUUUAUUGAGCAAGGGUGCAAAAAUUGUUAAGAAUUGAUUCUUUUUCACACCUAUAUUAAAAAUUAUAACUUUUGUUCUGUAUAAGCUACAGAGCUCAUAUGAGGCUUGUUUAUGAGCUCAUGAAAUGUUCUUAUGAUGGAUAUUGUCAUGUGUUAGAGUGUGUCUAUAGACAGGUUUUGGAUCAGUAAUCUGAUUUAUUCUGCUUGUACAGAUCUGUGACUACAUGUAAUUAUAACCAUUUCACUAAUUCACACACACUUUUACAGUUCACUAGAGCACACAUUUAAGUCUUCUCAGUAUGCUGUGUCAUCACCAGUCUUCUGGGAAGGGCUUCCAAUCGUGGACAUUCCCCAUCCUCUGGGUUCCUGAACUGUCCUCAUGCCUCUCAUACAGCAACUCUUGACUAGUUAACUAACUCACCAACCAACUAACUCCACUCCACUUCUCUGACUGACUCAUCCCUCACGAACUGUCCUGCACAUCUCAGCACAGACUAUGUGGAAAGAACCAUUCCUCAUUUUUGUAGUUCAGUUGUUGCCGUGGGAACGUGUUUUUUGUGAAGCCGUUACUCAGUAAUGCUUCUUGUAUAUUACUUAUCUCUCAGUCUUUGCCCAGCAAUGGGUCUACAUGCCACAUUAUAUAACUCAUUCAGGUAGGGUAGUUUUGAUUUCAAUAUAACCUGAUGCAACCUUUGACCACUAAUUUCUCAUAAAAUGCAAUUUUUUCUGCAAAGGCACACAAAAGACAUACUUUUAUGCAUGAAAAUAUACAUCAUGGUUAUCUCAGCAGUGUUUUAUUUUCUUCUUCAGAAAGGAAAGUGGACUAAAAGUGGGUUGAUACCUCUGAGAUUGCCAAAAGUGUAGAAACCUGAAUUUUAAAUUUUGCAUACUGUUUAUGGCAAGAAUAAAUUAUCUCUUUUACAGACAUUAUGAGAGAACUUGACUCUGUAGUUCAGUACAAAUCCCAUUAGGUUUAAAAUCUUGCACUUAUAUUUUUGCAAGAUAUUCAGACCACAUGAACACAGAAACUGCAUCAGAAACAAUUUAGGAUUUAAUAGAAUGAGUAUGAGGCACACACUUUAUAACUGACUUUGAAAUCGGUGAUCCAGUAUUGUGAACAUCAUUACAAACACACUUGUAAGGCAUCAUAAUGAAAAAUCACUAUCACGUGGCAAAGUCCUCCAAAAGUGAAGUUAUGAUGAACAGUCAAAUUAUGGAACAAGUUAAAUUUUUUUAAUUAUGUACUCACCAACAAGCGGUGGUCGCUUGGUCCAUAUAGUUCACUUGCAGACUAAAACCAUGGAGUUUGUUUUUUGUACACUGUGAUAUAUCAUACAAUUAUAGAUGAUCUGCAGAAGAAACUAGAUAAAUUUCAGUAUGUGUAUAGAACCACACAGUGAACUCCUAAAUAAAGCAAAAAAGGACACAAGUUUUAUAAAGUAACAGCUGCAUCAGUUCUUUUGUAUGCAUGUGAAAAUCAGGCAAGAGAAAAAUUGAAAUGACCAGCAUGAGAUUCGGGGGUGAGUGGCUUGCUAUACACUGUGAGAUAAACACCACUGAUCACAGUGACUUAAGGAUAUUUGAAGAUGAUGUGAUGAUUGAAGAUCAGAAAAAAGGUGGAGCAGGAAUUUAACAUUCAGAUGUGCAUUUUAUGUAUAUAAUACAUUACACCUACAAUGAAAUCACAGUAUUAUGAUUAUUUGGAGAAAAUUUGAUUUGAAUGCUGAACUAUGGAAAACUUUAAAUCCAAAAAUAUCCACUGUAGCUGCUGAGUCUCAAACUGUGUUGGUAAGUUUUCUGUAUGGUGCCAGUUGUAGUGUAACAUCAGUAAGUCUUGUCAGACUGAUUGAUGCAUGUUGUGCUGUUUUAGUUUUCAGUUGCUUUAUGGUUGAAAAGUUCAGAUAACCUCUGAAAGGUAUAUAGUACAUCUGGUUGUACAUGUAUAUGUAAUAAACUAUUACUGGUAGUCCACAAAACAGGAUGAAUAAGGCCACUUUCAGACAAGACACACAGUGGCUUGCGAUUAGUGUCUGGGACACAGCCACUCAACACCACAACACGCGCACUUAAUGGCUCUGAUGUCAGAACCCCAUGUUGAUAUUACCCUCAGUCAUUCACAUGGAGGUAUCAGAAUGUUUAUCCGCCAUUUCAUAAGUGACGCUAGACUCUGUAUGUCCCGUCUGAAUGCUAGCAUAGAACUCAAUGCACUUCGAAUGGCCAGACCACAAGUCAGUGUCUCAGCCACUGAAGGGGAAAGACACAGCUGCAACACAGUGUCUUGGACGUGGGACACUGAGACGCUUGUGUGAACACUAGUAUUCACGCUAAUGUAUUUGAAGUCGUUGGACUCUGUGUGUCUUGUCUGAAAGCAGCCUAAUGGAUCACUAUACUUUUUCAGAAUGUCAUCAGAGGCUGGUGGAAUAGUGGGGUGUCUCUGAUUUGAGGUUCCCACAGUAGUGGUUAUGAAGAGUUCUAUCUUCUGUAGUCCAUAGAAAGUCAGUGGACAUUUCAGAGGAACACGUUGUCUCCAUCCCUAAGGUUGUUUAUAUAUCAAAAGACAGGACUUUUCAGUAUGGUGCUUGUUGAUGCAAAAUUUAGGUUUGUAACUCUGAAACCUGUAGCAACAGUAUUUAUAUUGUUUGUUUUGUAAAUGGAAAUCUAAUCAGCAUUCAGUAUGGAGUUGUUUCUUCUCUCUUUCUUUUGACAUGUAUUGUCUAAGAUGUUUUUAUAAACAGGAAUGAAUUAUGUAGGAUUUGAUGUUCUCAUGACAUUGAUUAUGAGUUCUUUUUGCUGUCUGCUUCAUGUUGGUUUCUUGCUUGGCUUACCCUUUGACUCAGAAGAUAAAGGCGACAUAUUCCUUUGAAACAUUGACUUAGGGAUAUCCCAGAAGGAUAUCAUCAGAAAUGAAUUAUUUCUAUAGUUAUUGAAUUUAAUCACAUUAUAUCUACUGAUGAAGUAAGAACUUCCAUAUCUGAUUUUCAAAAUUAUUCAAUUGUGUUAUGAAUGGUAUUUGAGGGAGCAAAGGUUAAGUCUUCACUUAUUGGUGUGGUUAGUAAAUAUAGAUAUGUAACUCAGUGCCAUUGGCUGGGCAAUGCUGCUUCCAUGACAUCACACUUAGCCUGCAGUUUAAAAAGCUCAAUCGGGAAAGUAGGUAACUAACCAAUUAACAUGGGUAUCCAACAAUUCAAAACACAGCAGUUAAUAAUUUUUCAACCCCAGUACCCUGUAGUGCAGUGGAACUUAAUUCAUUUCUAAAAUGGGUGAUGCUACGUGGUCUAACCAAUAUUGGAUCUGAAGUUCACACAGAGGUUUAACCAAUAUCACUUCACUCAUGUCCAUCAGAACAAAGUUUAUCAGCAGUUAAUAUAAAAAAGUACACACAUUUUAUAUAAAUUUAACUGAAAUGAAGUACAUUACAAGUAGAAACGUUUAGUAUUUAUGAGUGAUGGGACAGCUGAGGUUGGGUAAACUUGAAUGAAAAAUGUUUCCAUUGUAGACAGGACCACACUAAUCCUUGACCUUGAAGGUAUGAAGAGAAUCAGUGUCACUGAAAACAGGAUGACGUGAUGUUUUAUCUAAGGUUAGAAUUCUGUUGGUAGAUAGUGUUUGUACAGUCAUCUUCCUUGUGUCUUAUCUACUGCAGAUAACCUUCACUUAACAAUAUCCUAUGAUUGAGAACAGUAAACAAGAUAAUGAUACCUCUAUAA